CGAGAUUGUUAUAGGAAUCGUUAUAGGGAGCGUCGACAGUACGCUAUCUCCUUAUUAUUUUUUUUAUAAAAAAGUUGUUUUUUCUCUUGUUUCAAAUCCACUAUGGUACUUUUUGAAUCAAUCGAGGCUUUCAUCAUUGCCCUGACAAUUACAUACAUAUAUUAUAAAUACCGUUUUAAUUUCUGGAAAAAGAGAAAUGUAUUUAACCCUACACCUUCGUUUCCAAUGGGAAACAUGACAGCCAUCAUGACAAGAAGAAAGCAAGCAGGUGUAUAUGCUCAUGAUGUCUAUUUAAAAUAUAAAGAUCAUCGUAUUUUUGGAGUGUAUCUGCUUUUUAAACCAAUCUUGGUGAUCGCCGAUCCGAACAUUAUUCAAAUAAUAUUGACAAAAAAGUUUGAAAGUUUCCACGACCGUGGCCUGUACAUUAAUGAAAAAAUAAAUCCAUUGUUCGACAAUUUGGUUUUUAUAAAUGGAAAGAAAUGGAAAAGUUUACGCCAAAAAUUAAGACACACUUUUACUACGGAAAAUUUAAAGCAAAUGUUCGAUAUUGUGAAGGUAUGUGGGGAAGAACUUACAAACUAUCUGGAGACCAAAGCACAGAUGAGAGAUUCCGUCGAAAUGAAAGAUAUGUUUGCAAGAUACACCACUGAUGUAAUCAUGUCAACGGUAUUUGGUAUAAAAUCAAAUUGCAUUGAAGAAUCAAAUAAUGAAUAUCGAAAACAAAGCAAAAAUAUUUUACGGAUGAAAAUUUCAAGAAUUAUCCUGAAUAUGUCUAUGCCUGGAAUUAUGGAUUUAUUUUCAAUUCCCCUCAUAGACCGAUCAGUCAACACCUUUUUCACGAACCUAUUUCGAAAAAGUGUAAAAAAUAGAAGAGCGCAUAAAGAAAUAAUAAGAUACGAUUUUAUGAAUAUUCUCAUUCAAUUGAUGGACAAUGGCUACGAGGUUGAGUCUGACAAUGAUGAGAAGACCGACGUAACAUCAACCGUAAAUAAACUUACCAUGGAAGAAGCUACUAGCCAAAGCUUUAUCUUUUUCCUAGUUGGCUUUGAAACCUCCGCGGCGACGUCAAUGGUCGCUAUAUAUAAAUUAGCGGAAAAUCAAGAUAUUCAAAACAAAGUUCGUCAGGAAAUUGACGAAAUAUUGAAAAAGCAUGGUGGUCUGACCUAUGAUGCCGUAAACGAAAUGACAUAUCUUGAAAAAGUAAUAAAUGGCAAGUAU